AUGGAACCGGUAUGCUUUAACUGGCACAUAUUAAAAGCAAACAAAAGAUUAAACGAACGUUAUGAUUUCAAAAAAUUAAAUAAGAUAACCAGAAAUAUUGAACUCUUUAUGAAUGACCAUUGUAACGGAGAAUGUAAGGAAUUACUUAAAUUAAUAGAGAAAACAAGAGAUCCAAGCUAUAUACUCGAAUAUCCUAAGUUUCUUUCAACUGGAAUGUCAUAUAGGUCCUUAGCAUUUUCUUUUCGUAUGGCUCAUAAUACAAUUGGAGAAAUUAUUUAUGAUACGUGCAAUAUUAUUAGGAAACUUUUUGCUAACAUUCACAUGCCAUUCCCUACUACAGAUAUGUUUUACAAAAUUGCUCAAGACUUUGAGAUGCUAUGGAACUUUCCUAAUUGUGGAAUAUGCGAUGCUAAAUAUAAAUUCAUUGCUAUAGAUGUUGGAGCAUACGGAAGACAAAGCGAUAGUGGAGUUUUCACAGUAUGUAAUAUUUAUGAGCAUUUGAAGGGAAAUACAUUUAACUUGCCACCAAAAAAAACACUACCUCAUUCAACUUUUCUUAUGCCAUUUGUAUUAUUGGGUGAUCAAGGAUACCCAUUAAAAGAAUACCUAAUGAGACCUUAUCCUUUUGAUAAUAAUUUGGACAAAACAAAAGCAAUUUUCAACUACCGCUUAAGUCGUGCUAGACGAAUGAUCGAAUGUACUUUUGGUAUUUUAGUAUCAAAAUGGAGGUGUUUAAAAACUGAAAUACAAAUUGAUCCAAAACAUGUUGACACAAUCUUAAAGACCAUUUGUUUGAUUCAUAAUAUUAUUAUAGACCAAGAAGGUGUAGACGAAACAUUAAUUUCAAAAAUAAACCAGAACUUAACAAAUCCAGAUUUAGUUCACAAUAAUACAUCAAGACGUAACAAUCGUUAA